AGCGCAUGUCCCGCUCUCGGCAGCUCCCCGUAACUUAUUACGAUAAAUCGGAGUUUAAAUUUCGAACGUAGUGUUCUCAGUUUUCCAUUAUGUUCUGAUUGGAUUGGACUGGAGUACACUGUGUUUGGCGUUUACAUUGGAAUCGAGGACAAUCAUGAGCGAGAGCGGGACGAGGGGCGGGCGGCGGAUCCCCACCCCAAUGCCGCCGCCCAAGGUGGUGCAUCCUGCCCGGUCUGCUUUACGAUUGGUCGGGUCCGAGGCCUCAUACAAAUUAAGCCCGUAUGAAAUGGAGGCUCUCAAUGCGGUCAAAGCAACUGCCCCUAAAAUGGACCGCAACGGCUACUUCUUUUACGUGACAUCUACAGCGAAGAAGAAAAAGAUAAGCCUGAUGCAGCCUAAGCCGCCGCGGAUGGCUUUCGAGGAAAAGCGUCGACCAGGGGUGGCUGAGAGGCUACACGGCUCCCCAUUUUCCCACAGUGUGGCUCCAACCGCCACUGUGAACGGACGUGAGGGCUCUAUGUCGCAGAGACCCGGAACGGAGGCGCCACGCGCGCGCUUGUACACGCAACUCGAAAGUUAUCAACCCCGAUAUCAUACGAUACGUGAGAAUAGUGAUAAGAGAGUGGAGAGUGAGUGCAAACGACGGAGGAACGAGCAGCGGAGAGCUGGAUACCAGAGUGUCAGAACACCAAAAUGCAGCAGCGGUUCCCCACACCGGGAGCGCAGAAGACGAGAAGAAGAGUCCAGCUCGUCAGGCUUCAGCGCCGCCCUACACCGCGCGCCGCCCCCGCCGCCGCCCGCCCUGCUGCGCCGCCUGGGGGUCAAGGAACCCACUGGUGUGGGCAAGGUGAAAGUAAUGCUGCGAGUGGGCGCGUCCGGCGAGGGCCCCUUCACCAGCGGCACACAGACCUUCUCGCUGGACAAGCGCAAGAAGCAGGUGACACUAUGCGAGGCUGCGCCAGCCGCCAGCGCUCCCGAGGACAGGAAGGUGGGCGUCGCCGCGCCUAAGAUGUUCGCCUUCGAUGCUAUAUUCUCACAGGAUGACUCGCAGACGGAGAUUUGUUCGAGCGCACUGACUGACGUCAUCCACGCGGUCAUCAACGGUACGGACGGUUGCCUCUUCUGCUUCGGACACGCAGGACUAGGAAAGUCGUAUACCAUGCUGGGGCGACCGGACGCAGCCGCGUCUCUGGGCGCCGUCCCCUGCGCCAUCUCCUGGCUGUUCCGCGGCAUUGCGGAGCAGAAGCAUAAGUGCGGCACGCGCUUCUCCGUGCGCGUCUCCGCCGUCGAGCUGUGCACCAACACCAACCAAAUUAGAGAUCUGCUCGCGCCAUAUCAAAAUGAUACAGAGCAGUCACCAGGCGUAUACCUCCGAGAUGAUCCAUUAUUCGGCACACAUCUACAAAACCAAUCGGAACUGCGGGUGCAUAGUGCGGAAAAGGCCGCUUUCUACCUCGACGCGGCGCUGGCUACGCGGGGUGCGAGGGAGGAGGGGAAAGACAGCCAUCUCCUUUACACCUUACAUGUCUACCAGUACAGCGUGGGAGGAAAAGGAGCUGUUGCCGGAGGCCGCAGCCGUUUGCACUUGAUAGACUUAGGAAACUCUGAGCGAGGAAAAACCAACGGCGGAAUACCUCUCUCGGGAUUAGGAAAUAUACUUCUUGCAAUAUUCAACGGACAAAGGCAUUUGCCGUAUAGAGACCACAACCUUACGCACGUUCUAAAGGAAUGUCUGGGAUCCCUAACGUGCCACACUGCAAUGAUAGUCCACGUUUCUCCAAACCUCCAAAAUUAUUCGGACACUCUUACAACCUUGCAACUUGCAUCGCGAAUACAUAGGCUACGAAGAAGAAAAGUCAAAUAUAGUUCAAAUAAUAACGCUGGCUCUGGAGGCAGUUCCGGUGAAGAUGCUUCCAAACCAAGUAGCAGUGAACCCGACCCUUCGAGUAGUGAUUUAUCUGCUGACACUGUAAUUUAUGUUGGACCUUUAGACGAUGCAACAGAUGGUGAACAUCCACCUGUUUAUAUACCGAAUAUAAAUUCCGGUGACAACAGAUGCGCUUUAAGCAAAGCCUUAAGAGGUUCAUUAGCAGACCAAAAGCUUAAAUCUUCGUUAUCAAAAGUUGUCGAAGAAAAGAGCCCUAUACAUAAAUUACAUUCAUCACCCAAGCCAUCUCCAUUGAAAAAUGUAACACAGCCAGUCCACACGCCCAAAUCUUCUCCAGUUCAUUCUGCUACGUCAAAAGCAGCACCUGUAAAGAAACAAGUGACUAAACACAGCGAAGAAGGAAAAAGUACUAGUGAUGAACAAUGGAUCGAUGGCCCAAGAAUAUCUAAAUCAAAAUUGGUUGAAGUCCGACACAUAAUAAAAGAAACACAAAGUCAUAAGAGAGAGACUUGGAUUGACGGUCCAAUGCAAGAGCCUAAAAAUCCUAUUCAAUUCGAGUCUAUGCCAAUACCGUCAUCUAAUUCAAUACCAUUGCAAGUUGGUGUUCUAAAUUCAUAUGGAGGUGAAAGUCUUGGAUAUGGAUAUAUGGAUAGUCAUAAGAAAAAUAUGAUAAAGAAAUGGGUAGAAAAUCAAACGUUUCAAAUUCAUAAAUCUAGACACAAUUCACCAAGUCAUAAAAGUCAAACUAUGCCUAAAGAUAGUCAAAGAUUACCUGAUGAACUGGAAACGACACAUAGAAUGGAAAUGAAAGAAGCUACCAAACGAAUACAUGUCGAAGAAUCAACGAUUAGGACUGGUCUAAAAGCGGGUUCAAAGGGUAUGUCCAUCGAAGAAGAAAAUUUAGGCCCUCCAAACCCACUAACGAAAUCAGCUAGCACAACAUCAUCGAUCAAAAAUGAUCCAGAUGAAGAUGAUGAUAGCGAAGAAUUAGCUGAAAUUCCGCCUGCACUUCCUUUAUUACAGCCAAGUAGUUUAAGUAGCAGAGAAGUAUCUAUGGAAAGCUUAGAUAGGAAAUAUAAAGAAAGAAUGAGAAUGGAUGACGAGUUGGUCUCUACUCAUAGUCGAGACAUUGAUCUCCAUGGGAUGAGUAAAGGACCAGCUGACGAUGAAGACGAAAUUUUAGAAAUAAUAGAAGUUGAAGAACCGUUAGAAUUAGUUCCUAUGCAAGAUUGUUGUCUUCAAGUUACUGAAGAAGAUAUCGCGUAUUGUAUGGGGUAUUCAGAUAAUUUUUUUGGAGACCACGAAGAUGGUGAAGAUCAUCCGCUUAGAAUAUUAAGUCAAGAAAAUCUAACUGCAGCAUCGACAUUUACAGAUACACUCUCUUUAUAUAGUGAAGUAGAAAGACAAAUUAGGAAUGAAGCAUAUCUUAGACAAACAAUAGGUUUCUAUACGCAAGGUUAUGGAGAGCAUGCGACAGAUAUACAUCCACAUGAGAGUUUACCCUCGUCAAGGUCGCGGUUAGAAGACCUUAUGGGCUUGACAGAGUUGUACGGCUCACGAAGAAUAUUAGAUAGCAACAACUUAGCUGCCUCUAGAAAUGCUCCACAGUUUCAAUCAUUAUCCAUGUGUAAUGUAAGAGAUACUGAAGAAUUUCAUGGUGAUGGAUCCGUUUAUAGUGAACCUGCAUAUCGACCGAGUGAUAAAAUUUGUGAUAGCUGCAAGAGGUCUAUGUCUAGACCGGGCAGUGCAGUAGGAGAAUGUGAUGCAUAUCACGACUUUGAUGUAGCGCACAACGACUCAUACGGCCCUUUUGAACGAUAUCGGGCUAAUGAUAUAACAGAUGCCCGAAUAGCAUCAUUGAGGCAUCCAGACGGUGCUUCAGACCCAAAUUUAAGGGAAGAAAACCGUAUACCUGGUAGCGGUGCACCGUCUAGUACAUUUCGGGAACUUAAAUCAAAUUUGCAUCUUGAAGUAACGCCGCCAGUAGUUACCACGGAACCACGAUCGGAAAAAUGUGAAAAAGGAGAUAAAAAUGUCGCAAGAGUUGUGGGCAGCUGUAAACCUGAUGGGUAUGAUAGUGGUCACGAAUCAACACCAAGAACUGGCAAGCAUAGCCCUGCGGCAACGUCUAGGAGAGCAGAAUCCGGAUAUGAUUCAGUUCCCAGAGAUUCAGACGCAUCUUCGUUAGACUCGUAUCCCACGCGUAGGGCGGCUGUGGCCAGAGCGCACGCUAAGAAACACACCACUGCCAAAUAUAAACAACACAGUGAUAGAUCGUUUUGCUCGUGGUUAAGAAACCCUUUCACAUGCAAAUACGCGGACACAGAUCCCGAAAUUAGUGACUUUUAACAUUAAAGCAAACUAAAAACUAUAUGUAAACAGUACAAAGUCGUACUUAUACUUAGCGUUUAACUCUAAAUAGCUCGUAUCAUUAAGCUACGUUACCGAAUUUAAUCUGGAGACUGCUUUUGUACUCUAGAAAUACUCGUAUUUAUACAACAAAAGCUUUGGCACUGAUCCAAUGAGGUUACAACUGUAUUUUUCUAAACCUUACGAAGCUUCUAGCUCUGCUCCGAAAUAUAUUUUUAAAGACGUACUUAGUGAGUUUAUUGGAUCGUAUUAUAAAAUGUAUCUAACACUUUUGUAAAUAUUGAAAUACAAGACGUGUUAUGCAACGAAAAUCAAUCGACCCACAUAGCGUUACUAUUUCUGCUCAUUUUUAUACUUUUAUAUAGUCUUCUACGUCUUAUUUUGUUUGUACGUUUAUAAUAGCGACUAUUAAAGCUUUUUAUAACAGUUUUUUUUUAUUAAGAGUAGGAUACAAAGUCUUCCUCGAUAUUCUUUGGAAUCUAAAUAAUAUUGUAUUUAGAAGGAACUGCAAUACUGUAUACAUAAUAUGUUUGCUACCACUGAAUUUUGUAAAUGUUCUUGACGCAUUUCUUCCAAUCACUUAAUAACGAACGUUAUUUUUCAAAAUAGCCUUUUUUAAACUUUUAAAUUUCGAUUAUCUGGUUGUGUUGUUUGAAAAAUUUAUUAAAAAUAAGUAGGUAUGUCUACAUAACAAAUAGAGUAUUUUAUAUUAUCAUUAAAACCUUCAGUUUUUUUGAUUAUGCAAUUUAUAUUGUUACUUUUAUUAAGUGAAUGGAUCAAAUGUUGUUAUAUUAUAUUUAUAUAUGAAAAAUUAUCUAGUGAUAAGACUGUUGUCUCAUGGCCAUGUUCUAAAUAGCUUUAAUAUUGAUUAAUUGAACUCCAAAACACGGCGAGUCCGUCUGUACAUACUCGAUUGCAAUCUCUAUGGCUUUAUGAAAUGUUGGUAAACUUAGUUAUCGCUUUAUUGUCAAUGUUCUGUUAUAAACCAUUUAAUAUUAUAUUAAAAUAUUAUAUAUUAUCGUAAAUUCUACUAUGCGUUCGUAUUAGUUUAAAAUAAAAUGUUCUACCUGAACCGAU